AUGGAUGCAAGCAAGAAUAAGCCGGAGCGAAGAAGCGUCAGGACUGCCAGUCUAGUCCACUCUAGUCAGUAGGCUUUACAAAGUAAAGUAAUAUCAAGAACAAGUAUUUUAGGAAGGACUCGAACAGUAGCUCUAGAAGCAGGAAAAUGACGAAAAGUCAACAUGAGCAAAGGUAAGUCAAAAUUGGAAGAAUAAGAGCUCUCUUAAAAUCAUCGGUAAAUUUGCAGAAAAAAUUUGGGCAAUUUCGAAAGCGAAAACUUGGGCGUAUCUCAGAAAAUUCUUUAUGAAACGGAAAGAGAUUGGUUGAAAAUACGAUUACAAGGUAAAACACGACAAUAAACUCAUAAAAAUUUUAUUUCAGGUCUGUUCAUAACAGCAGCCACGGUAGUCGCAGUGGCUUCAAACGCUUCAUAAUGAAGGUGGGGGAGAUGGUUGGAACCGUAGAUAAGACCGAGUAUCCCCAAGAUCUGACCGACAACUUGAAAGAAGUAGAUAUGUACCAGAUUGUGCUCGAAGAUGUCGCCCGCAACAUCUGUCUGGCCGCUCAACAAACCCCAGGGUUGGUAUCUCAGCCCUCCGGCGAGAUGAAUUUCGAAUAUCCGGAAGGAACGAACCCGUUUGAAAAACUGAAUGAAGUUCUGGGCAAAGCUGAGGCAGUCUAUGAAGACAAGGUAAGUGGGAAUAUAGUGACUUCAUCGUUUUUUUGAAAAUUGGUAAAUUUUUUGAUGGUUUUUUAGAAAUUAGUCGAAAAACAUCGAGCUCUUUUAACUAGCCUCAGCAAAACUCACCAUCAAUAUCAACGAAAAGUGAGGAAGGACCUAAAGAAGAUCAGAACUUUCCUCCUGGUCGAAUGCGAAAAGAUGUUCGUUGAAAGAAAAAGUAAGUUACGAAGUGUCACAAAAUUCAUUGGUUUUUUCAGUUUGUUGCAAAACGAAAAUUAAGGGUACUAAUGCAUCCAUGGGUAAACUAAAUUAUUUCAGAGUUGAACUCGGUCCGUCAGGAGAUGGAUUACUCCCGCCAUGAGCUCAAAACAGCUAGAAAUCCGGAGAUGCAAGAGAUUCGAAAGAAUGUUUUUGAGAAAGCUCAAGCCGAAUAUAAUGCCCAACUCACUAAACUGGUCGGAAUUCUAGGACAACUACCAAUCCAGAAAGAGCAGCAUGCGGAAGAAGUCAAGGGAUUUGUUCACCAUUACAAGAAAUUCCAUGAUCUCUGCUUGGUGGAGUUGAAGAAGAUGAGGAAGGCUUCAUGA